UGCUCCUCCUUCUCCUUUUCUUCCACACGCCAUCAGAGUCUAGGAGGUUACAGAAAGCUGGAUAGUUUGAGCCUUGUUGAAAAGGAGAAGUAUAGUGAGACAAACCCUAAGGUGAAGACGAGGUCCCAUCCCAUACAGUUUACUGCUUUCUUUGGAAAUUUUCUGUGUCCUGUAUAAAGAAUGAAGCCGUCUGUCCUUACCAUUCCAGCAAUAGCCGCUGUUUUGUGUCUUGCGUGGAUUAUACCCAUUCAGUGCUGCAAUAAAGCUCUCUGCGCGAGUGACGUCAGCAAAUGCUUAAUACAGGAGCUCUGCCAGUGUCGUCCUACAGACGGGAACUGUUCAUGUUGUAAGGAAUGUAUGCUGUGUCUGGGUACGCUCUGGGAUGAGUGCUGCGACUGUGUUGGCAUGUGCAAUCCAAGGAACUACAGUGACACCCCUCCAACCUCUAAGAGCACAGUGGAGGAACUGCAUGAGCCCAUUCCAUCCCUCUUCCGAGCACUAACUGAAGGAGAAAGUCUGAAUCAGCUCAACUGGAACAUUGUGUCAUUUCCGGUGAUAGAAGAACUCUCGCAUCACGAAAACCUUGUAUCCUUCCUUGACUCGGUAAAUCAGCAGCAACAUCAGAAUGUGUCUGUUCCUCAAAACAGAGUCCAUGUGUCACACUCAAGUGAGAAAGAACACAUGUGCACAGUGGUAUACUUUGACGACUGCAUGUCUAUCCAUCAGUGCAAAGUUUCCUGUGAAUCUAUGGGCGCAUCGAAGUACCGGUGGUUUCACAACGCAUGUUGUGAGUGCGUUGGUCCAGAGUGCAUUGAUUAUGGCAGCAAGACGGUGAAAUGUAUGAACUGCAUGUUCUGAGAGCAUUGCCUCCAGGCUCUUUAGUGGGCAUAAAACUCUAUUCCUGCCACUCAGACAUAUGAUCUGUAUAGUAAAAGAGUAGUACAAGGCGCUCUCUACUUAAACGGUCAAGAUGGUGAAGAAGAAUAUCUGCUACGUAGAAAGGAGCCUCCAAUUUUUUGGUAACGAUAUAAUAUUUUGUUGUUUUUUUAUAUUCUAAGUUUAUGUAAAUGUUUUAGACUGCUGUGUACCAUUUCAGAUUCACAGAAUGUAUUUUUAUAAACCAUGUAAAAUUAAAUUUUAUUAUAUAGUUUACAGUAUCAUUACCAUUUAAAAUGUCUUAACAUACCUAUGUUUCAUAGUAUCCAGAAUAUUAGGACUUUCCUGUCUCAAAUUGCAUUUGCUUUGGUUUGUUCUUUGCGUUGCAUUAUAAACUGUAAAGACAAAGCCAUUGUUUACCAGAAAAGUAUAUUGUAAUAUUUGUAUUUCUUUUGACCUUUUUGAUUUUAGUUCCGGGAUUUUUUUAAAUGUUUUUAUAAUUUGUUGCACUUUUGGUCAAUACUUCAAAAAGUUCCAUAAUUCAAUUUAGCGAACUUUUUUGUAUUUUGUGCUUUGUUCUUUACAAAAAUAGGUCUAUUUUUGAUUAAUAACAGCAUGGAGGUAUACAAUAGAUUUGAACAAAUUAGGCCUGGUUUCCUUAUAGAUUUUUUUUUUUUUUAUUGAGAAGAGUUUAUCUUCCCAUAUCUGCAUCAUCAACUAUAAAGUAUAGGUGCCCUGCAUUUCUUGAGGUACCUGAUCUAUGUUCUUUAGGCUGAGAAGAAGUUUGUGAAGAAAAUAAUUAAUCUGUGUCUGCAUACAAGUAUAGCAAGUACAAAAAAGCUAAUGCAGAUGGGAAGAUAGAGUUUAAAUUUUAUUAGUGCAUAAUAAUACAUAUCUAAAAUUAUAUUAUAUAAAAUCUUUACACUUUAUGUAUCUUAGGGGAUGUUCACAUCUGCAUUGGAGGUUCCAUUUGGGGUCUCCAUCACAGAAUCCACCAAAAAGCUGAUUAAAAAAGAGUGUAAAAAAAAUGCAAAAACUGAACAGACCUCAUUAUAAUCAAUGGGGUCUGUUUGGCUCGGUUGGUUUCAGUUAUGUGCCUCUAACAGAGCAGAACAACGGAAAUAACUAGCAGUGAUGUGAUUGUGGCCUUAGUUAUACAUUUUAGUAGCGAUUCAUGGUCAGUGUCACCAGUAUGUGCCCUUUAAGGAAGUGUAGACCAACAGGAACCCAGUAAGCAACAAAACGGCAGUGGAUCGGUGAGGUUGAGUAUUGAUUUCUAGCUAGGCUUGAGUGAGUUGAGCUUCAGAUCAUGGAUCCGAAGUCGAUUCGUUCAAAAACUUUGAUGUUAAUGCUGUUUCCGUACAGCAUUAAAAUGUAUUGGUUCCAUGUAGCCAAACUUUGACUCGGCCGAAGUUGGUCGAGACUUUAGGGAAUGAGUAUGGUAUUCCUAUCUGCGUAUUUAAAAACUAUUUCAAAUAGGAAUCCGAAACGGGCUUUCAUAUCGAGUUACCAGCCAGUAACAAAGCUUACUUCAGAUUCCUAUUUUAAUUGUUUUUUAAAUACGCAGCCAAAACAUUUUAUUGCUGUACGGAAACUGCAUUAACAACUAAUUUUUUGAUCAAAUCAACUUUGGAUCUAUGAUCCGAAGUUCUAUUCACUCAAGCUUAAUUACUACAGUGGACUCAGGGUAUAAUAUUUUUAACUUGCAAUUACGGUACCUUUUUUGGUCAUUGUAAAGUAUAAUCACACAGUGCUGAUCUGUGACCUGUGUCAAUCAGCCGGCACAUUUCCUUGACAAAACACCUGUAAUUAACCAGACUGAACAUCCAAUUGGCACAUCACAUUGAGGGGCAAGUAAAACCAAUCUGUGAGUAUUGUAUUAAUAAAGUGCUGAUUGGCUGUCUGGUAUGUGUCACUUAUUGCUCUUUAACCUGUUCUACAUGUACUGCACUCACAUGCUUUACUGGUAUCUAACAGUCCAUAGUUUCUCAAAUGUGCCACCUGCUUCUUCUAGGGGAUAGCGGAGUGCUGCCACCUCAGACAUCAGAACUCAUUGAAUGUACAAAUAUUAAAGAGGUUGUUCGGGCUUUUAAUAUUGAUGAUCUAUCCUCAGUAUAGGUCAUCAAUAUCAGAUCGGCGGAGGUCCGACACCCCCGCUGAUCAGCUGUUUGAGGAGACGCCGUGCGCAUGUGCCAUCUCCCUUCUUUCUUACUGCUCUCUGCUGUAUGUCUAUGGGACAGCAGCAGCAGACAGGAAGAGAGAAGGGAAGCGGCACAUGCGCACGCAGUCUCCUCAACUAGCUGAUUGUUGGGGGUGUCGAGUGUUAGACCCCCGCCGAUCUGAUAUUGAUGACCUAUCCUCAGGAUAGGUCAUCAAUAGAAAAGCCAGACAAAACCUUUUAUUUACAGAAGAAAAAAAAUGUAUAUAUAUUUUUUUCAUGCAUUUCUGUUGCAGAUGUAGAGACCUAGCAGAUUUUUAUGUCAGUCAUCAAGUGUAGUAAUUGUCUUUUUUUCUAUUUCUUAAAUCUGAGCACUCACAGAUCACUGGAAGGCAAAAAAAUAUAUGGUCUUGUUUUAGUACAUUGUAUUUAUUUUGGGUUAAAUAAAUGUUUUUCCUGUA